UUCAGCACCAAGGACAGCUGUCCAGCAAAGACACGCGCGAGGAGUGAGAGGAGUGGGCUCCGUAGCAUAUAGUGGGGCAGAGUGCUGUGUGUGAGAGAGAGGGAGAGGUUGUUUUUGUUUUGUUUUUUUUCGUUUUGAUUUUUCUCCAAAGGAGAGCACUGGUUGGGAUUAGGCUCGUGCUGUGGGCUGGAGUGGAUUACGCGGCGUCGCGCGCGCAGGGAGCGAGAGAGGCGGAAAUGUGCCGCCGCGCUUCAUCGCCCGACGAGCUUCUCGGUCCGCUCCUCCGCCAACUUGAUCGCGACACUUGAGGCGCGCCCUGACUCUUUCCGCCUGCGCUAAAUCACCGCCCGCAAACGAGGUGUCCGGCUGCAUGGAAACAUGGCCGACGUUCCCCAGGUCGUCAAAAUCGGGAUUUCCCUGAAGAUGCUUCCGAACAACAGCGCGGUGUUCUUCAAGUCGGACGGAGCAAGGUUCGGACAGACGCGCACCAUCAAGCUGCUGACCGGCUCCAAGUACAAGAUCGAAGUGGUGGUGAAACCGGGAGCGGUCCAGGCCACCUCCAUGAGUGUGGGUGGAGUGACCUUUCCCUUGGAGCAACAAUCCAAAGACCCGCAGUCUGCGGUUUACACCGGUCAGUAUGACACUGAGGGGGUGGCACACACAAAGAGUGGAGAAAGGCAGCCAGUUCAAAUCAACAUACAGUUCACAGAGGCGGGAUCAUUUGAAACCGUGUGGCAGGUGAAAUUCUACAACUACAACAAGAGGGACCACUGCCAGUGGGGCAACAGCUUUAACAGCAUCGAGUACGAAUGCAAACCCAACGACACGCGCACGCUCAUGUGGAUCAACAAAGAGAUGUUCGUCUGACGACCAGAGGCGGCGCAAAAGACGUGGGUGUGUGCUUUAACGAGUCCUCCCUCCAUCAACCUUCUGUUAGUGUCAGAAAAUGCGAAGCUCUUUGCAGCCGAAACAGACCCAUACCCUGCUAUUUUAUGUAAAAGACUGCAUAAACAUCCUUUGGAAAGUUUUUCCCAUUUAUACUCUGGUAUUCUGUCCCUCAAGUGUGGAAAAAAUUCAUUUUUGUGUAGUUGUGUAAGAUUACCUGUGUUUACGAUGAGUACAGGUAUGUGUUUUACAGAUGGUGCUACUGAUGUGGUUAUGUGGAUAUGUAUGUAUUUUUAAACUAUAUGCAGUAAUGUGGAAAGGUUUUCAGCUGUCUCUUGUUUCUUGAGAUUUAUUUGAUUUGUUUAAGUUACUUAGCACUGAGUAAUGAUAUUUGGUCACAAAGUCUCCAUUAAUUCAGUGUUGUUCAUACAACAGGAAACUUAACAAAGAACCAUUUAUAAGCUUAGUUCAAUCUAAGAUACCAAAGAUAACACAGUUAUCACAGACAGGAAAAAUAAUCUAGUAUUUAAGCACCAAUAAGAUGAUUCCCAAGGAUCUAUUAGCAUUGCGCUAGUGCUUAAGAUUAGCACGAGCUUUUUGAAAAACCCUAAGAAGGAGAAACUGAUGGAGAUUUUAUUGAAAGGUUUACAAAAAAAAGUCUGGCUGCUUUCAAUCAAAGGCAUACAUUAUUUGGGGCAGCUUAAAAUGGUGUAUGUUGCUGGUUGUACACAUUUUUCCCAUCCAUUGUUAGCGAUAAAAUAUCCAUUGAUCUGUUCCUUGUAAGCAACAAAAGCCAGCAUAAAAGUCAAACAACUGCACUGUUAAAAUCCAUAAUUUCACACAUUCCUUAUGCCUGCUGUAUUUGCUAGUUUUUAUUUAAUUGGCGCCCAAGUAAUCAUUCCCCGUCUGUCUGCAAAGCACUGCCAUAAUAUAUGCGUGAGAACUCUGGGGCAUGGGGAAUCUAACACAAUGGCAGCAAUGGUUGGCAUGUAAAAGCAGCAGGGUACUAUAGAGUAUAGGAGAUUUGUACCAAUAAACUGAAGGGUGUAGAUCAGGGGUGUCAAACUCCAGUCCUCGAGGGCCGCUGUCCUGCAACCUUUAGAUGUGCCUCUGCUGCACCACACCUGAAUAGAGUAAUUAGGUCAUUAGCAAGACGCUGGAGAACUGAUCUACACAAGGAGGAGGUGAUUAAGCCAUUUCAUUUCAGCGUUUUGUACCUGUGGCACAUCUAAAAACUGCAGGACAGUGGCCCUCGAGGCCUGGAGUUUGAGACCCCUGGUGUAGAUGUUACGUAAAUGAGAUGCCUCUUCUAAUAGUACAAAAAGGACUUGUGGCUGUGGCAAACUGAGUGGUUAUAGUAUUUUUUUUGGAACGAGGACCUGAAAGUAUUUUCUGAUUUCAGAGGGAUCCAUUCUCUAAGUCUCCCUGAGAAAGUUUACUGGAUACUCCGAUCAACUGUUUGACAUGGCUUACGUUCUGGUCAUGGUUCAUGGCUGUGGGCCCAUUAGGAGUUUAGUGUCCAGUUCACAUGUGCUUUGUGGAUCUUGAGACGACUUACAACUGUGUCUCUUUGUGUGCAGGGAGAUGGUAGAGUAUGCCAAAGCAUGUACGAUGUACAGACGAUGUACAGACCCCUCAUGUAACGUUUAGUCUAAAAUGCCCUCAGGGUGGUACUGCCAUAUUUGGAGCCAUGUUUAUGCAUUGUUGAUUGCUGACCUGUUGAUCAAGUUUUAUUAAUACAGUUUUAAAAUGAUUUGGUACAUUCUAACUGACUUAAAAAGCAUCUUGGUUUGAAGCACUCUAUGUUUACCUAUGUGGGAGUUCCUUAUGUUGAAUACCAUCGUUUGAACAUAAAAUCUAGCUAUAUAAGUAGGCAUUUUGGCUUUGGAUGCAGUUCUUGUCUCCAGGUUGUGUUUGUGUUCUCUACCUCUUCUAAAAGGACCUGGCUGUGUCUCCAUUAGGGAGAGCGGGAAAAAAUGUUGUGUUUGGAAUAUUCCCCAGCCUAAACCUUUAGUGACCUGUUUAAUGGCUGUUUUAUAUUUUUUGUGACGUUAUAUAAGAAAAUAUUUUUUUGUACAGAGAACAAUUAACUCUUUUGAAAUUGUUUAUUUUUUCAGAAAACACUUUCAGUUCUCAAUUAAAUUGAUCUAUGCAGAGUAUUAGGGGAACAAAAUGACACGUGCAAUAUACUGUUCUGAUGAGAUUUAUAUUAGGAAGAAACUUUUCCUGUUGUUAAAGUGAUGUUUGUAAUGUUAUUAUAUUAAAAAGGGAAAUAUAUA